AUGCAGAUUUUUUUUUUGCCUCCACAGAAGCACCAACGGGAUCUGCAUCAAAAGCACCAUUGGCAGUUGUGUCAGCACCCCUUGCAGUUAUUUCAGAAGCACCAUUGGCAUCAGUGUCAGCAACACAUUCUUCAGUUGCAACAGCAUCUUGGGAGAGUUUCCUUUUAUAUCGCUCCCAGCACCCAGGCCCAUUAUCACAGAGGGCCUUCUUCCGGUGGUGCCAAUAUGGGGAAGAUGAUCCCUCCUUUAGAUGGAGGAGACGGACCCCAUAUGGGGCCACCGGUAGGAGGAGUGGUGCUGGGAGGCAGAAUGACCAAAGGUCAAACAUUAUGAAUUUUUAUCAGUAGUUUUUUUUUUUUUUGUGUGUUAAUUUAUUUAUUUGUUGUAAAUAUAUCUUUACGUUUCAAAAAAGUUGUUUUUUAGUUUCGAUUUUUGCAAGUAUUUUUAUUUAUUUUUGAUAUUUUAAUUUUUUAAUUUUAUAUUUAUUGAUUUUUAUUUCUGAUUUGAGAGUCUAAACUUUCAAAACAACUCUUAUGUGGUUAAAUGUUAAAUAAUUUGUCUAUUAAUUUUUAUUUAUUUCAUAUAGUUUUUGAUUUCUUGAUAGUAAAUAUUUUGUAAUUUAGUUACAAUUUUUUCUUAUUCUAUUUGUUUGUUUUAUAUGCCUAAUUGUUGCAUUAUACACAUAUUAAUGUUUAUAUUAUUCUCUUUAGAUUUUUAUUAUAAAAAAGUAAUCAUUAAAGAUAGCCACAUGUGAACUAUAUGAUGUUACAUGUUAGACAAGUUUUAUUUGCAAUUUGCAAUUUGGCAUGUCGUUUUUUUAUUUGUAAAUAAUUUUACUAUUUAAUUUAGUUAUU